AUGGACGGUGAUCCAGCAGUCGAGUCCGAACUCGACGCCUUCAGCCUCGUCUUCCCGCUCCCCUACCGCGUGGGCUUCAUCGCAACGCUAGCCGUCUGGGGAUGGGGCCUCAACCUGCACUCCCUCCACCUCGCCAAGGUCGACGUCCCAGCAUUGAUACGCUACCCGGGCCGCUCCUCGCCGCACCACCCGCCGCACCACCUGUCGACGUACCGCCUCGCGACCGUACUCUCGGGCCUUUGGGCCGUGUCCUUGGUGCUCUUCUGGCUGUGCACGCGGGGGACGGCGUCGCGCGUCAUCGAGUACGACUGGAUCCCCAUGACGUACCUCGUCGGCAUCGUGGCCGCCUUCCUGGUCCCGCUCAAGAACCUCCCCGGCGGCGGGAGGCGGCGCUUCCUCGCGACGCUGAAGCGCGUCAGCGUGGGGGGCAUCGCCGAGGCGCACGACGGCAAGUUUGGCGACAUCCUGCUGGCCGACGUGCUGACGUCGUACGCCAAGGUGUGCGGGGACGUGUUUGUGACGCUGUGCAUGUUCUUCGCGGCCGGCGGCUCGUCCACGAGGCGCCCGGACCGGAGCUGCGGCGGGACCGUCGUCGUGCCCCUGUUGAUGGCCGUCCCCAGCGCCAUCCGCCUCCGGCAGUGCGUCGUCGAGUACCUCCGCGUCCGCCGCGCGCCCUACAAGGAGUCGGCCGGCUGGGGCGGCCAGCACCUGGCCAACGCCCUCAAGUACUCGACCGCGUUUCCCGUCAUCGUGGCGAGCGCGCUGCAGCGCAACGCGCACGACGCCGCGGCCAGGGCGGCGUACAACCGGGCCUGGCUCGUCGCCGUGCUCGUCAACUCGCUGUACUCGUUUUACUGGGACGUCGCCAAGGACUGGGACAUGACGCUCUUCUCCUCCCGGCGGGAGCGCAACUCGCCCCAGCACCCGUGGGGGCUUCGCGACAAGCUCGUCUUCCGCCCCGUCCUCUUGUACUACGCCGUCAUUGGGCUGGAUUUGGUGCUGAGGUGCACUUGGUUCUUGAAGCUGAGUCCCCGUCUGGACAGGUUUAGCGAUUUCGAGAGCGGCAUUUUUCUCAUUGAGUUUCUCGAGGUGUUUCGGCGAUGGGUGUGGAUAUUCCUCCGGGUGGAAACGGAGUGGAUUAGGAACUCCUCUACAGGGCUGGGCGUUGAUGAUAUUCUGCUGGGCGAUUACCAGGGCAAGGAUGACGACGACGACGAGUAA